CAGCGCGCGGCUUACAUGUGCCGCGUGGGGGGCCGGCAGAGAGAGGCGCUGCCAUUGGCUGGAUGCGGAGCGGGGAGCGGUUUGAAUCGGCGGCGGCGGCGGGCGCGGAGCGCGGCCGGGGGAACGGGGCUGACCCGGGACACCCUCGGGACAUCCCGGAACACCCCCACAGUAAUGGCAAGGUAUAAGAAAUGCAAACGAAAACGAAGAUCCCGAGCAAAAUUUCGACUGGAAAAUAAGAGCAAUGCUGCAGCCCCCCGGUCCUCAGUCUGUCCCUCUCCACGCUCACCAGUUCAUCUCCCUCUGGACACAUCACCAGUCCCAAGGUGCUCCCGCUGGCCUUUAGCCUUGCCCAGCAUAAAAAGUGUGGUCAAACCCUUGACAACAGCAGCAUCAUUUCUGUAUUGGUGGUGCCAGAGCACGGUUGCACAGAGCUUUCAGGUGGUUAAAGACACCAUAUUUCCAUCACAAGUCUACUUAAGGGAACUAAAUAUGCUCAGGGAGAAGCUGGAGAAGUUGGAAAGUGAAUUUUUCAAGCUACAAGAAGAACUCCAGAUGAACAGAGUGGCAGCUUUGUCUUCAGAAAGUUCUCUUUGCCAAAGGUGUCAUAAGCCAGUCCUGGCUGCUCCUGUGGGGACACAGAUGGAUCCUCCACCAUCACUAUCCGUGCCUGUGUACAUCCCCCCUCCUCCUCCUCUUCCUCCUCCUCCACCACCGCCGCUGCCUCCACCAAAACUGCCUCCAGCACCUCUCCUCCUCCAACGGGGCACAGCCUCUAAACUGGCACCACCAGUGAAAAAGGAUGGGCCCGUGCACAUCACCCUCAAAGACCUCCUGAAUGUUAAACUGAAGAAGACAAACAGCAACCUGAGAAUGGACAAGGAACAAUCACCAGUAAAGCCACGAAGGGCAUUAAUUACAGUCACAGAUCUACAGAGUGUUAGUCUGAAACCUAAAUCCAAGCCAUCACCUCAUGCUACAAAAUCUUCAAUUACCUCCCCUAAAAAUCAGAUUGAUCUUCGGAAACACCUGAAGAAAGUUGAUAUACUAAGAAGUCCUGGUGGCACUCCUUUAAAUAAUAAAGAGAACACUGAAUGUGGCUCUGGGCUGACACCAAUAAUGACACGGGCACUGCGGCGCAAAUUUCAGAUGGCUCACCCAAAGAGUCCCUCACCUGCACGGUUGAGUGCUGCAAACAGCUUUGAUGAAAAGUAAAAAAGAAAGUAGGUUUAUGGAACAAAUUAUUUUCCGUUUGUGGACAGGAAGCUGCUUGAAUCCCAUUUUUAUCACACUCAGGCACAUGUAUGUUUAAGUAAAUGUAGUGCACAGGAAAACGGGGCAUUAUGAAACCCUGUAAAGCAGACUGUGCUUUUUAUCUGUCUCUAAUGUCUCUCAGUUUGGUUGCAUCUUCAUUCAUAAUGGAAAAAAAAAUAGGAAAUUUCCCAAGUCUUUUGACACCUGGAUGCUGCUGAAACAGGGACUAUUAUAUUCCCAGUACUGGUGCUGCUUGUCAUACAAAUAUGUGUGUGUUUGCUGAAAUUCAGUAUUUUUGUAUCUUUUUAUAACAAAAAAUAUCUUGACGGUAUUUGUACAGUUUCAAAGAAAAGCAACAGUUUAAUGCACUAAUGUUAUUAAAGUGGAAAGCUGCGAGCUUCAACAAACAGUUUGGCUACAAAUGUAUGAGGACCUUGCACUGUGUAUCACUGAUGGCUGGAGUCUGAUCACUAUUAAAAGGCUGCGCUGCUUGAAGGCAA